UACGUCCGCAUACUUCGCACCGUCUUAAAUUAUAUCUCAUUUACACGGUAAUGUUUAGUAUACUUCUACUGUGAUAACAAGCAUCGUUUAUCGUUGGAUUGUUGUAAGAAAACAUUAAAAAUGAGUGAAGCAGCUUCUCCAAAGAAAAUCGCACCCAAGAAGAAACCUGCUGCAAAGAAGACAGCUGAUCACCCUAAAUAUGUGGACAUGAUCAAGGCUGCUAUCGCUACCCUAAAGGAACGCGGUGGUUCAUCUCGCCAAGCUAUUACAAAAUAUAUUCAUGCAAAUUACAAAGUUGCUGAAAACUCAGAUCAUCAUCUGAAAAUGGCUCUUAAACGAGGAGUAACAUCAGGCGAUUUGAUUCAAACUAAAGGCACUGGUGCUUCUGGAUCAUUCAAGCUAGGUCAGGUAAAAAAAGAAAAACCUAAGAAAAAGGCCGCAGCAAAAAAGCCAACGGCAAAGAAGCCUACUGCAAAGAAAAGUACACCAAAAAAGAAGCCAGCAAAGAAGAGCACGCCAAAGAAAGCAGCAAAGAAGCCUGCCACAAAGAAAGCCUCAGCUAAGAAACCAGCAGCUAAGAAACCCACAAAGAAGCCUGUUGCUAAAAAACCUGCAGCAAAGAAGGUCAAAAAGACUCCCAAAAAGGCAGCAAAGAAGACCGCAAAAAAAUAAUUUGUGUGUAUCUGG